UUAUGUCAAAUAAGAAUUAAAAUUAUGCCACAUAGAAAAAAAAGUUUUUGAACCUAUUCAACUUUUAAACCCAUUAUAAAUAUAUUAUAAAAGAGCAUGUCAGGAAAAUUUUCUGGCUUCAGUGAAGACGAUAUCGAAAAGUUGAAAAAAACUGGAAGUCUCAACAAUGAAAUAAAACCACGCGAAUUAAAACCACCGAGGAAAAAUCUUAGAAAAACUAUUCCCGUUAAAGCACAAUCUAUUAAUUUAAAUUCAAACAUGCCAGAAGAAAUACCAGAAGGUGCUCGACUUAGUCUUCCAAUAAAACAAAAUGAAUUAUCUGCGGACGUUGGUAAUGAAUUAACAAAAAUCUUAAAUAGUAAUAAUAAUAAUAAUUCAUAUCAAAUUAUUGAAUUAAACGAAAAAUCUCAAACAAUGGAGGAAAAAUCUAAAACUAUUGAAGAAAGUCAUAUAGAUUUAAGUAAUUUUGAGGAAGAACAGAAACGAAUGGAAGAAGAAAAUCGUAGACGGAAAGAAUUAUUAGCAAAAGCUUUAGCUGAUCGAACUAAAAAAACAAAUGCUGAAGUACAAAAAUUAGAAUCAAUACAAAAAGAAUUACAGAAAUUAGAUUCUAUGCUAUCGAAUGACGUGUCAAUAUUAAGGAAUCAGAUUGAAGAGGCCAGUAUUGAAUUCAUGCAAUGCCAGAAACGUUUCGAACGCGUGGAAAAAGAUUACACGUCAACAAAAUUGAAACUUGAACAGAAGCGUGAGCGAAAAGAUUUACUAACCCAACAUUUAUGUACCAUUAUUCAACAGAAUGAGAAGCGUAAAGCUGAUAAGCUUUCAUCGUUAAUGAAAGAAUUGGAAUUACCUCCAAAUGAAAUUGAUGAAAAUAAUGUAUGAACUUUCUCUAUUGGAUUAUUUUUUUUCCUAAUCAAAGUAAAGUUUAUUAGGCACAAAAUUAUAUCUCUCUUAGGCUAAAAUUUUGAAAGACGAUUCUUGUGUCCAUCUUGAAUAGAAAAUUUUGUCUUGAAUAGUAUUAACAUUUUUUUUAUACGCUGAUAAUUAGCAACUAAACGACU